CAGACAGUCCGACACCCAUGGUUCGAUCACCCCUCAAUGAAACGCAAGCUCGCCCUCGUCGAAGACGCAGACGACGAUAACAGUCCCGAGCCAGACUCUUAUCAUUAUCCCUACAUCCGCGCAGCUUCGCCACCCAGUACGCCCUCGCGCACAAAACGACAGCGGUGCGCGACGCUCGAACAGGGGUUCGCACAUCUUAACCUCAGCGCAUACAAGUCCCCGUCUUCCGUCCCCGCACACACCAACGCCCACCCCCCUACUCGCUCCCCACCGCUCUCCCCCUAUCUCGCUUCCGCUCACAGCCCCGUCGUUCGGGAAAUACCAUACACUCACCAUGCGCGCUCGCCUUCCGCGAUGGAAGACGACUCAGUCGCGCCAGGUGUCGUUCUGCCCACGCUCGUAGAAGAGCCAACCUCGCCAGAGCUAGAGAUACCCGAGGUCAGGAUGAAAUCAUCCUCUUGGUACGAACCAGAGAAAGACCGCAUAGUCGUUACUGACCUUGAUGGCUCAGACGAUGAAGACGGUCAGGACAGGGGCGCGGAAGCGAGGGGGACGGUCGUUAUAUCGCCAGCUUUGCUUGAUCGUAUUAGGGAGAAUGCAAAAUCGACUGCUUCGCUGAAGGAACUCCCUACUCCUGACCAUGAUCCUAGCAAAGCGCUCGUACUCUUCAAGCCGCUGCCCUUGACGUCAGGAGAGCAGAAAAAAUCUAUUCAAAAAUCCGAAGAAGCACAGUUAUGGGCACCGCCAAACCGUGUCGUCUCGCAGCCUUCCCGUUAUGAGGAUGAUGAUGCCAUGGACGUAGAAUAACGGGGGUACUUACUUAUCUUUAUAUUCAUUAUCCUUAUCAAUUUAUUUUUAUUUCUUGCUCCCGUCCUGCGGUC